UAUCGCCUCUACUAUCAUCCGUCAAUUCUCUCCCGGAAAAUUUUUCCUGAUUCUCUUUUGAGGGUUUGCGACAGAGAGAAAGCAACCAUGCCGGCGAAACAGAGGAUGCCUAAGGUCAGCAGGAACCCUGAUCUGAUCAGGGGUGUUGGUAAAUACUCGAGGUCGCAGAUGUACCAUAAGAGGGGUUUGUGGGCUAUCAAGGCCAAAAACGGCGGCGUUUUCCCCCGCCACGACGCUAAAUCUAAGGUUGAUGCUGCGGCGGAGAAGCCACCGAAGUUCUAUCCGGCUGAAGAUGUUAAGAAACCUCUCGCCAACAGGCGGAAGCCAAAACCCACCAAGCUCAGAGCAAGCAUCACCCCAGGGACAGUGUUGAUUAUCCUUGCUGGUAGGUUCAAGGGCAAGAGAGUUGUCUUUUUGAAGCAACUUCCCUCUGGCUUGCUUCUCGUUACUGGACCCUUCAAGAUCAAUGGUGUUCCUUUGAGACGUGUUAACCAGUCCUAUGUGAUCGGCACUUCCACGAAGGUUGACAUUUCUGGAGUGAGCCUCGAUAAAUUCGAUGAUAAGUAUUUUGGAAAGGUUGCCGAGAAGAAGAAAAAGAAGGGAGAAGGAGAGUUCUUUGAGGCAGAGAAAGAGGAGAAGAAGGAGAUUCCACAAGGGAAGAAGGAUGACCAGAAGGCAGUGGACGCAGCUUUGAUCAAAGCCAUUGAAGCAGUUCCAGAGCUGAAGACUUACCUUGGCGCAAGGUUUUCAUUGAAACAAGGAAUGAAGCCCCAUGAGCUUGUUUUCUAGAUUUCAUAACCUUUUUCUGAGUUUUCUAGAGUAUCUGUGUCCUGAAUUUUUUACCCUCUAAAAUGGUUGUUUUGUUCAUGUCCACCUACCAGAGAUAAUUUUUUGGCUUAUACAAUCUAUAUUUUCUGUUUUUUAUAUAAACAAUCGUUUUUGUUUUUGGAUUUGCGUUUUGAAGCAAAUUAUCUCGAUUGAUAAGUGACUGAAGAAGCUAUGAUGAAAACUCAUUGAUCGAUC